AUGCCAGGAGAACAGAAGCAAAAGCAAAAGGCUCCGUGAUUUCUCUUGCCGCCAUUUCUUUGCUAAAAUUCGUUUACUCCAAAUGUCGAAAUUCCAAUCCACAGCCAAACGCGAAUCCUGAACAAUCACAAUCCUGACAAAUCACGAACUCCUGCAAUGUUUUUUGGCAACGCCAUCCGAUCGAAGCUAGCGUCUCUGCUGCAUCCAUGGCUCGAACAAGAACCAGACAUGGACCUCGAAUUAGGGUUCCUUCACUCGAAUAUCCGCGCCAGGAACCUUAUCUUCGAUCCCUCCGCUCUCAACCGUCUGAUCAACGGCUCGUCCCGCCUGUCGGUCAAACGCGUCGCCGUUGCGAAUCUCAGCGUUCGGAUCUCCCUGUGGGAGUUUCCUGGUCUUAGUAUCGAAAUCAGUGGCGUUGAUGUAAUUUUAGCCGUGAGGGAAUUGGAGGGCGAGGGAUGCUCGCAAGGGUCGCAGGAUUCAGUGGACUUGCGGGAGAAGGAGAUGAAGGCGAUGCUUGCUUUGAUUGAUCCGGAGGGCACUUCUUUGCAUGAAACCAUUGACAAAAUUUUGGCCAUCACUCCAAGAAAUCAGACCAUGACUUCUGCAAUGAACAUUCUACUCGAGCGUUGCCACUUACAAGUACAUGAUAUUCACUUCCAGUUGAAGUUGCAUGACGCAGAUGAUUCACUUGCAUGUUUCUUGAGGGCAAAGGAACUUAGCGUAGAAUCUCCAUUUCUUGACUGCAGUUGUUUGCUCAGAGGACUUGUUGGUGCAGUUUUUGUUCCUCAAGAAGUGAGCUCUUUUGUUCUCAAUGGCAGUGGUUUGGAGAUUGGCCUGAAGAGGAAAGACCGAGUCAGCUGUAUUGCUCCUUCAAUGGAUCUUUUUUACCGCAUUCGAUUUAAGAAUCUUCAACUCACAGAUGUUGAAGUUCAUGCUCCACAAGUAAAUUUGUUCUUUUCUCCGGUCGAUCUUUCCAUCCUUCUUCAGGUGUUAGACAUUCUGUCUUCCAAAGAAGUCAAGCGUGCUAGAAGCGGGAGGGAACUAUGGGAUAUAGUUGUAUGGAGAAUUGGAUAUUUGACACCAAAUACUAGGUCCUUAUGGAGAUUAGUUAUGACUGCUGUGGUAUGGCUGCGUCAUGUCCGUGCUUAUGAGUCGUUGCUGUUACUAAUUGGAUACUCUUCUGAAAAUCAGUUCAAACUAAAUGUGGCUAGGAUGGCCCAAGACAGAACAUUUUUGACUUCUGUUAAACAUCAGUGGAAAGUGGUUUCCAAUCUAGAGAAGGAAUUGCCCAUCGAGGCUAUUGAACAGGCCCGGAGGAUAGCUCGUUACAGAGCAGCGUUGCAUUUUCGGCAUGGUAAUUUGAAAUCAGUAGCUGAUUGUAACAUCACAUUCUUGCCGAGAUUCCUUGCAUUGCUUUCAUUUCUUUGGAAAGUUAUUUGCUACAUAUUUCGUUCAAUGAUGCGUUUGCUCUUCUUGAAGAGUGUUUUGUACCGCUCUCUUGAAGGUGAUAGACCAUCGCUUUUAUCAAGUGACACCGAUCCCGAUUCUCAGCAUUUCAGUCUAAGCCUUGGAGAAUUUUCUGUUAGUCUUUCCCCAGUAAGCACAGUUCAUGAUCCCGUUAAAGGAAAAUUGGGGUCUGAUAUUCGCCUCUCCGACUUGAGUUUAGUUUCAUUUUGUCUUGCACUCAAGGCUGUAUGCUUGACUUACGUAGCAGACCACAUUGCACGAUCUUUGUCCUUGGCAUGCGGGGAUUUCAGAAUUCUCUCGUCUUUGUCAAGAGUUCUACUUAUGCGUGGCAAUUCAAAAAUUGAGACGCAUCACUCUUUCAGCAGACUUAGACAUGAGGCUGACAAUGAAAUGAAGGCAAUUCUAUGGAGCGAGCCUUCCCCUCAGUUUUGCCUGUCCGAAAAAAUUAUAGAUUCUAUGAAUUUUACCUCUAGCGUCCACAUCUUACUUCUGGAAAAUUAUUUAGGAGGAAUGUGGUCAGAUUGGAUAAGGAAUGGCAAGAAAUUUGAAGGAAAUAAGAUCCAAUAUUUGGAACAUCCCUUCCUUCUUGGUGAAAUUAAAAGCUUCCUCAUGGAUCCUUAUCUCAAUGGACCGGACUAUGGGCUCUGUAAAUGCAGUUUGACUGUGGGGAAGUUGAACUUUGAUUUGGAAUAUAUGUCAAUAAUGUCUUUUGCUAUGCUACUUAGGCAGAUACAAGAUGCUUGUAAUUGGACCGCCAGCAAUGGGAGGACUGAGGUUCAUUCUCAUACUUCUAUCAUCAUUGAGCACCAAACUGAAGUUAGAUUGGAAGAUCAGUUUGGGUCCUAUGCCAGUGGAAUGAAGAUGGCAAUGCAAAAAAUGAUUCCAAAGAAACACUUACAAAUUGGAGUAGCCAUCGCUGGUCCUAAGAUUCGGAUGUCCAUGCAAGAACAAAGAUUGCAGAGUGACAGGGGACAAGAUGUCAUCAUUACUCAAGGCGGUAAAAGUUGUUACUUUACAGUCGAUCUGGAGAAUAUUGAAGUUGUUGUCUGGCCAACUUCAAAAUCCGUUUUAGCAGCAUUGACUGGGGGACCAAGAUUUGAUGAAGCAGCAGCUGAGUACAUUUGGUUGACAGAGCCACGGUUGGUAGAUAUUCCAAAAGCAAAAUUCAAUGAAACCUAUAGCUCCCAAGGCCGGGUUGCACUUGAUGCUUAUGUCAAAUUUAAUGGCCUAAAUGCUUUCUUAGAGGAUUUAGUAGAAAAUCAGCGGUCCCAAGUUAUUGGACCCAUAUCAGUAACAAUGCAGUCCUCAUCCUGCAGGGAUUAUCAUCAUUCCUUUACAACAACAGUAAAUGCUUUAUCAAUGAAUUUGAGUGGAAUAGCUGAAGGGCUGAACAUCAUAUCUUACGUGGAUGAAUUAUGCACUUCUUGUCAGGUGCUUGAAAGUGUACUCUCUGCAGUGUCACAUGCUUCUCUCAGUCUCAACUCUACUGAUGAUGCGUGUCUUCAAGAACUUCACAGAAAAAAUAUGGCAUCAGCUAAAAGGGACACCAAUAGGAAUUUGCCGGCAUAUGAAGAAAAAUGUAAAUCUUUGAUGCUUAAGGGCACAAAAUUUAUAAUGGAUGUUACUCUGGAGUUAAAGAUACUGGAUAUCAUUAUGGAUAGUUCUAGAGAAAACCACAUCAGUGAGAAUCAUCGGAAAGCUAAUGCUGCUUCUAGUAGUGCUGCACACCAUGGGAUUAAUCCCACAAAAUAUGAGAAAAGCAUGCCUGGUAUGCCCCCUGUACCGGAAUUUGGCAUUGGGAUGUCUGUCCAGAGCUCAUGUAUGCAGAUUUCAUCUGAAGAAGGGCUUCUGAAGGUGCUUUUUGAUAUAUCUGGAAUUCGAUCUGUUAUUUUCAGAGGUCGAAGUCAGGCAGGAAAAUGUACUAAUGAGUCGGAAGUAAGAAAGUUGCUUCAUCAGUCUGUUAAUUGCUUAUACGAAUUUUAUCUUUCUAGUUGUACAUUUAGUAUAUGUGCUGGUCCAUGUGGAGGUGCUUUCUCUUCUGAAGGAAUCAAGAAUACAGUUGAUGGCUCUGCUCCUUGUAGCUCACAACCUUCAUAUGCAGUGGAGGCCAUGGAGGGUCCUGAUUUGACGAUUUUGGGUGAAGAAUCAGACAUCCAAUCAUGUGUUCCUAAUCAAGAAUUGGGACAUGAUCAUUUGCUUACUACAGGUCUACUACAGCCAACUUCAACUAGUUGGUUGCUCAUAAGCAUUGGACUUGAUGAGAUUUUUAUGGUAGAACCCUCUAUCAAGGAUGUAAUAAUUGGAGCACAUCAACCCAAUAAGCUUCAGCUUUCACUGUCUAUUGGUGGAGAAUUUCACAUGAUCUCUUGUGAAAUCCAGGGUGGUCUUUUUUUCCUUGAAACGACAGCAUUGGCCACGUUUAUCCACUGUUUUAGAGCACAUCUUCUUUGGAUUACAGACCUCUCCCACAUUUCAUGUGGAAGAGAAUCUGAAACAGUUGAAACUCUUAUGGUUCAUGGUGAGAGUUUGGUUAGAGCAAGUGAUCAUCUUAGCAAAGACUGUGUCAAUGAUGCAGGAUCCUCAGUUUUAGCCUCCAAAACAUGCAAUAUAUCUGAUGAAAGCAAAUGGAAAUUUCCCGAGAAUAUUAUGAUAAGACUCUCUAGGCUUUCCCUUGUACUUGCUACUGCAGAUGGAUCUGGUGGAACUUGGGAACUUAUGUUAGAAGCUGACUUCCAUUUAAAAUUUGAACUGAUGAAUUCGAGAGGAAAGUUCUUAUUCAAUCUGUCCCGUUUGACAAUCCUCUCUCAGAACCUACAAAAGAGUUCAUCGGAACAAACAGCAAUGGACAUUCUGGCUCCCCGUUUUCGCUCUUACAUAUCUAAUGAUUCAUCAUCUCGUGCUGGAUAUGGACAGCCUACUCAACCCUCCCAACUUACAGAAAGCAAACUUCCUGCAGAGGAUGAUGCAUAUUCUACAAGGCCUUCAGUUUCCCAGAAUGAAUUUUUAGAGGGUGGUGUAUCUGGAUUCAAUCUUUUGAGUCAUGGAAGUCAUAUCUUGAAACACAUUGUUGCUUCCAUUAUGGUUGAGAAGGCAAUUCCAGGAGGUGAUCUGGGUCAUGCACGAAUGAAGAAUGAUUGGGUUGGCAGUGGUUCCGUUUCAGGUUUUGAUCUGACAAUCACACUAUCACAGAUAGAGAUGAUCUUGGCUCUUGUUACACCCUUAUCUGGGGUUUCCAGCCGGAACACUGGUACUGAGAUGAAAAUAAAGUUUGGAUCCAGAAACCAAGGGCAUGAAAGUAGUUCAGAAAAUACAUUUUUAGAUGGAGCUGUUGUUGCAAUCAAAGAUAUUCACCAACACAUGUAUUUUGCGGUUGAGGCUGUAGAAAACAAGUACCGUUUAGUUGGUGUCAUCCAUUAUUCUCUUGCUGGACAAAGAGCCCUUUUUAGAGUGAGGUACCACAAUCAAUGGAGAUGGAAUUCAUCUGUUUCAUGGUUUUCCUUGAUUUCAUUGCAUGCAAAGAAUGAUGCAGGCGAGCCACUACGUUUAAACUUCCGUCCAGGAUCAGGUUUUGUUGAUAUCUCUAGCACUGAUGACAGGGGGUGGGCUCUUUGGAGAACAUUAUCUUAUAAGCCUGAAAGUUAUGAGGGUGAUAAUGACCUGGAAUCUUACAAUCAAUUGGCUAGAAAAGCCUUUUACCUUGUGAACCAGAAGAGCGAUUGUGGUGUGGCCUUUGUUGAUGGGCUUCCAGAGUUUGUUAAGAAGCCAGGACAUCCAUUUAAGGUGAAACUGUUCUCUGGUUCUUCUCCUAUGCAGGAAGUCAGGCGGUUGGAUGUUCCUCACACCGACACUGAUGAAACUUGUGGAACAAAUGCAGGAGAUGACUUAUCUAAUGUGGAUAAUAAGUUUAACAAUUUUCCAAAUGUAAAUAUUACCAUUGAUAAAGUUAGUUUAACCAUCCUACAUGAAGUUUCAGAAUUGAAUGACAAAUUUCCUCUUCUCCGCGGUUGCAUGGACAAUUUUCAAUUCAGUCUACAGCUUUUAUCUUCCAAAACAAGGCUUACAACCACAUUCACUGCUGCGAUUUAUUACCUUGAUGCAAGGAGAGAUCUUUGGAAGGAAAUCAUUUCCCCUGUUGAAGUGUGUAUGUUUUACCGCUCAAGAUCUGACUCUCAUGGCUUGGAAACAGUCCGGCAAGGAGUGCCCGUGAAUUUCUAUUUUGGGAUGAAUCAGGUGGAUAUGUCCCUAACCGAGCUUUCAUUGGAUGUAGUUCUCUUUUCAGCUGGAAGAAUGAAUUUGGCUGGUCCUUAUGCAGUUAGAAGUUCGAUGAUUUUCCCCGAUUGCUGCAAGGUUGAAAAUCGUUCUGGCUUAAGUCUUCUUUGCCGUUUUGAUGACCAUCAUGAUAUAAUUAUCACUGGAAGGCAAUCUUCUUCCGUUUUCUCAAGGCAGGGAGUUUUAUCAGAUCGACUUCCAGAAAAUGCAAGCUCAGCAUCAGUCCAGCUCAUUGCUUCUGGAACUUUUUCAACAUCUCCAAUUCAUAUAUCCCUUUCAGAUGCUAAAGUGUUUGCUUGGAGGACACGUGUAGUAUCCCUACAAGAUUCAAGAACUUUCCCUGGACCAUUUAUUGUAGUAGAUGUUUCAAAAACAGCUGAGGAUGGAGUGUCCCUCGUAGUUUCUCCAUUGUUAAGGAUACACAAUGCAAGUGGAUUCUCAAUGGAAAUACGUUUUCAGCGUCCACAAGAAACAGAAGCUGAAUCUGCUUCUGUUUUGCUGCAAAGCGGGGAUACGAUUGAUGACUCUAUGGCAGUAUUUGAUGCUUUAAAACUGUCUGGAGGCUUAAAAAAGGCGUUGAUGUCUUUAAGUCUUGGAAAUUUUCUUUUAUCUUUUAGACCUGAGAUAACAGAGUGCUUUGAAAAAUAUGAAAAACCAGUAUCAGUAGAUUGGUCAGAAGACCUGAAAGGUGCAAAAGCUGUUCGUCUCUCUGGAAUAUUUGAUAAGUUGAAUUACAGAUUCAAGAAGGCUUUUGGUGUUGAAUCAGUGAAAUCUUCCUUCAGUAGUGUACAUUGUUCCCUCAGUGUUGAAGGUCUAAGUGUCUCCAAUAUACAUUUCCUUAUUCAGACCAUUACAAGAGAUGUGCCGGUAACACCGCCUCGAAAUUUUGGAGAUACAUCUGGGACACAGAUUUCACCAGUCGCAUUACAAGAGCAAAAAGAAAUAUUUCUGUUUCCCACAGUUCAAGUCUCCAAUCUUUUGCACUCAGAGAUACAUGUGCUUUUAACUGAGAGUCACCCAGAUCUGUGCACCACUAGUGAUUGCAACCACACUGGAAAACAGGCAACUAUCCCAUCUGGAUCAAGCGCUUACCUAUUUGCAAAUCCUUCUAUAAUAUACUUCACAGUCACUUUAACUGCAUUUAAUUCGAAGUGCAAACCUGUGAACAGUGGUGACUGGGUCAAGAAACUACAUAAACAGAAAACCAAUGUCCAUUAUCUGGAUAUAGAACUGAAUUUCGUGGGGGGCAAGUACUUUGCCUGCUUGAGGCUGUCAUGUGGAGAAAGGGGCAUUUUGGAGGCGACCAUUUUUACAUCGUAUACAUUGCAGAAUGGCACUGAUCUUUCCCUCUUUUGCUAUGCAUCUAAUCAGAAGCCUCUAUCUAGGGAAGAUAUUGACAAAUAUGGUUUAAAUCUUCCUCCUGAGCUUGGUUCUCUUUUGCCUCCCAGAUCAACUAGAUCAUGGCUCUUGAAAACAAACAAGAUACAUAUUAAAUGGAUGGAAGACAAAGCAUCUGAAGCAUUGAUGGACUUAGAUGCUGUGUCGGGCUUUACAGAACUAUGUCUGGAAGUUCAGGAUGAUUCAGGUGUCAAACAUAUUGCAAAGCUAGGUGUGUCGCUAAAGCCAUGUUUGCCUAAAGCAGUCGUCCCAUCACUAGUAGUAUCUAUGGUCCCAAGAUACAUUAUUUCCAAUGACUCGGAGGAUGUUAUUGUUGUCCGUCAAUGUUAUUUGGAGGAUGGUUCGCAUGGAAUUGUUGCUAUCGAUAGUCAACAGAAAGCAGCAUUACCCAUUCGGAGUGAUACACACAAGAGGAGGGAAAUCAGCUUAUUUGACUCUAUGCUUAAGCACCACAGGAAUUGGAAUGAGGAUUCUUUGGUCUUUAUCCAGUUUUCCUUGAAGGAUGUUGGAUGGAGUUGGUCUGGACCAAUAUGUGUUGCUUCCCUUGGACGCUUUUUCCUGAAGCUUAAGAGAUCUGCAGCCUCCCAUGGUGAUGAAUCAGGUCCAAUAAGUACGCCUGAAAUCAAGUUGACACAAUAUGCAGCUGUCCAUACUGUAGAAGAAGAUUCUUCUCUAGUUUUGCACUUCCAUAUGCCGCCAAAGUUUAAUUUACCCUAUCGAAUUGAGAAUUACUUAUGUGAUGCAUCUAUCACUUACCAUCAAAAGGACUCAGUGGAAUCAGAGAUUCUAGAAUUUGGGAAUUCAGUAGAAUAUGCUUGGGAUGACUUGAAUUUGCCCCAUAAAUUGGUUGUCCAAAUAAAUGGGACGCAUUUAUGGCGUGAAAUAAACAUAGAUAAGGUGUGUGCAUGGAAGCCUUUCAUUAAAACAAGGCAAACUAGAGGGUUGGCAUUGCAUUUGUCCUUUGAUAAGAAAUCGGGAGAUAAAAGAGGAAUGAAUUUUGAUGAAUCACAUGGAUUGGAAAUGCUAAAGGUCGGAUAUGAGGUAUACACAGAUGGUUCGACACGAGUAUUACGAAUAUGUGAAUUUGCUGAUAAUCGCAAGGAAGUAAAAGUGAUGCAGCCCUGUAUGAAGAUUCAGUUUAGAGUCUCAUCUUUUGCAAUUCACUUACUUGAGAAGGGAAAGCAGGAUGUAGACAGAAGCGAGGCAUCAAUUUAUUCCACAAUCAUGGUUGCAAGACUAGGGAACAUUACUCUUGACUCAAUCUUUACUGACCAGUAUAAAUUUAAUCAGAUCAGAGUUCAGACGCUGAAUGUGGAUGAAAAAUGGGAAGGGGCCCAAUUUGCAGCAAUGAUUCGAAGAAACCGAUUAGAUUAUAAUGACAUGAAUGAUAAUGUUUUGUUUAUUGUCUUCAAUCUACGUUCAACUGUUUCAAAUGUUAAAGAAGUUCAGUACUCGUCCAUUGUUCUACAGCCUAUUGAUCUGAACCUUGAUGAGGAGACACUCAUGAGGCUUGUACCAUUUUGGAGAACCUCCCUCAAUAAUUCAAAUACACAGAGCCAACAAUAUUACUUUAAGCACUUUGAGAUCCACCCAAUCAAGAUUGUAGCAAGCUUUCUUCCGGGGACUCCAUCCUCAAGUUACAGUUCAGCCCAAGAGACUCUGAGGUCCUUAUUGCAUAAUGUUAUAAAGAUCCCAACCGUAAAAAAAAUGGUGGUAGAGCUUAAUGGUGUCCUCCUCACUCAUGCUUUAGUGACAACACGAGAAUUGGUUAUUAAAUGUGCACAACAUUACUCAUGGUAUGCCAUGAGGGCUAUCUACAUUGCAAAAGGAAGUCCGCUGCUUCCGCCAGCUUUUGCUUCUAUUUUUGAUGACUCAGCUUCCUCCUCUCUCGAUGUUUUCUUUGAUCCGUCAAGUGGCGUAGUUAAUCUUCCAGGACUCACCUUGGGUAUGUUCAAGUUCGUCAGUAAGUGCAUCAAUACAAAAGGUUUUUCAGGGACCAAGCGCUAUUUUGGCGACCUGGGAAAAACUAUGAAGAUAGCAGGGUCCAAUGUACUCUUUGCUGCCAUUACCGAGAUAUCAGACAGUAUUGUGAGAGGAGCAGAGACAAGUGGUUUCAAUGGCAUGGUGAAUGGUUUCCACCAAGGAAUACUGAAAUUGGCUAUGGAGCCAGCACUGUUGGGGACUGCUGUUAUGGAGGGUGGACCGGAUAGAAAGAUUAAGCUUGAUCGCAGUCCGGGGGUCGAUGAGUUAUAUAUUGAAGGGUACCUACAGGCUAUGUUGGAUGUGAUGUAUAAACAAGAAUAUCUCAGAGUAAGGGUGAUCGAUGACCAGGUACUCCUCAAAAACCUUCCCCCAAACAGCUCCCUGAUAGACGAGAUUGUGGAAAACGUGAAGAGCUUUCUUGUGAGCAAGGCACUAUUGAAAGGAGAUUCCUCACUGGCUUCACAUCCUCUGCGCCAUCUUCGAGGAGAAAGUGAGUGGAAAAUUGGGCCAACAGUGUUGACUUUAUGUGAACACCUGUUUGUGAGCUUUGCUAUUCGCAUUCUUCGGAAGCAAGCAGGUAAAUUAACAGCUGGCAUUAAAUGGAAGAGGAAAUCGGAAGGCGAAGUUGAGGGUAAGGAGAUUGUCCUUGCAUCCUCUAUGGAGAACCCAUCGAAGCUUGACCUGAGAUGGGGUGUUGGUAAAUUUCUCUUGUCGGGUAUGGUUGCAUACAUUGACGGUCGGCUCUGUCGUUGCAUUCCCAACGCGAUUGCGAGACGGAUUGUGAGUGGGUUUUUGUUGAGUUUCCUGGAUAAAGAUGAUGGCCAAUGAGCUUCUGUGCUAACUUCCCUUAUUGCAAGUAAACUCUGUUCAUUUGCACAGGAAAUAAAAAUUAAAAAUCAAAGGUAAAGCUGCGGGUGAGAAAAUCCUGCCUGAAUUGGGAAUGUUACUACAACUGACCCGUUCACUUUUGCACCUGCUAAAUGAAUGGUCUGGAUCUUGUCGUAUCUACAUCACACUGUAAGGAAGGAUCAGAGGGUGAUUGUCGAGGAUGUUAAAAUUCCUUGAUUUUUAGAAAAUUUCUCCCUUUUCUUUUAGUUCAUUUGGAUUUUCCCAAAUUGAAAUGUAAAUGUUGAGUCCCACGUCCGAUAUGAAUCAGAAACGAAACUUUCAUAUAAAGGUUAACAUCUUCAAUAUAGCCAUGAUUUUAGAAUACCAAAAA